GAGUGUCUGGGCAGCUCGUUUGACUCAGAAACCUGUGCAGAGAAGAGGAGCAUCUGCAGGAACAAUGAACCGGCUGGAUUGGAAGGAAAUUAUUUUAAAAGAUGAGCCUGAUCUAAAUGAAUGAAGGAAGCCUAAAAUGGGAUCUCAGAGGGACAUUUUUCGUUUCGUAUUUGAGGCUUGAAUGACCUCCAGCGGUGCAGGGAAUUAGGAUUUUCUAAUACUUUAUCUCCUGCAAAGUCAACACCCCGACAGCUUCUGCCGCGGCGUUGCUAUGGGGACAAUAUAUUGAUUCCACAAUCUCCUGGAGGUCAUGAGAUGACCAUCUGCUGCUGGAACCUGCUUUAAACUGCAAGCUGAUUAACCACUUAAAGAACCAAAGGCAGGACUGUUUCUGCUUCUGGACUGUGUGGCUGACCACUGAAGAAGGGAUGCUGAGAGUCACAGUGGGCUCAGCAGAGGAGAGGGAUGAGGAGGAUGAAGGGGAGGAAGAGUUGAGGGAUGGAGGGGUGCCCUUCUAUGUAAACAGAGGAGGCCUUCCAAUGGAUGAGGAGACUUGGGAGAGGAUGUGGCGUCAUGUGGCCAGAAUGCACCCAGGUGGUGAAGCUCUGGCCAAGGACAUAAGGGGUGUUAUGGACCUGCCCAAGAUUCCAGUACCAAGCGUGCCUACAUUCCAACCUACAACUACCAUCCCACUGCGCCUGGAAGCCAUACAAAAGUACAUCAGGGAAUUACAGUACAAUCACACAGGGACACAGUUUUUUGAAAUAAAGAAAAGCCGUCCUCUCACUGCGUUGAUGGACAUCGCUAAGGAGAUGACAAGAGAGGCUCUGCCAAUCAAAUGCUUAGAGGCGGUGAUCCUGGCCAUUCAUCUCACUAACAACAUGCCCGGUGUGGAACGCUUCCCACUUAGCUUUAAAUCUCAGUUCUCAGGGAACCACUUCUACCACAUUGUGCUGGGUAUCCACAGCGGCGGGCGCUUCGGCGCGCUGGGCAUAAGCCGAAGGGAGGACCUCAUGUUCAAGCCUCUGGAGUUUCGAACACUCUUGGACUUGGUUCAGGAAUUUGAAGGCGCCUACAGGGGUUACUGGCACACCCUGCGUAAGAUUAAGAUUGGACAAUACGUGUCCCAUGACCCUCAUAGUGUGGAGCAGAUUGAGUGGAAACACUCCAUACUGGACGUGGACAAGCUGAGCAAGGAGGAGUUACGGAAGGAGCUGGAGAGACACACCCGUGACAUGAGGCUGAAGAUUGGGAAGCCGGCACCUCCCUCUCCUACUAAAGACAGGAGAAACAGCAUGGGCUCUCCUCUCAAAGGACCAGGCAGCCCCCUUCGAAGGAUCAGUCGAGUUGAGAGACGCCCCUCUGGAGAAAAGAAGGUUCUGGAGCAAAAACCAACUGAUAUUAAUGGAUACCAGAUUAGAGUCUGAAGAAAGGCGCUGCUGCAUGAUGGAUCGACCGCGUCACUUCCUCUAAGUAGACAUUGGCCUGUUUUAUUUUUUAUCCUGGAAUAGGUCACCAGCAAAUGUUCUUCCGAAAACAAACGCCUCAUUCAGCUCUACUUAUUUUGUUACAGCCUUUUUUUUCCUGUAACAGUUGCAGUAUUUGGUGCUGGCAAAACUCCCAGUUUAUGAAAAGUGGGAGUAAAUGUGCGUUUUUAUUUCCAAUAAAAUAAGCAAGUACAGUUUUGCUACCUAAACCCAAUAUAAUGUUUGCAUACAUAUAGUUCAAUGCAAUUUGCAUAUCACACCUCUAUGCUGUUAGGCUUUUCUACAAUCUGCAUCACUGUACUGUAACUUUAAGACAGGUUGUGUAAUAUAAUCCACCUAGACUCUACUAGACAACAGUAACAUGUGUAGUAACUUCUUUAUACUGCUGCCCUUGUGCCUUGAUUAACAUUUCAAUGGAGAAAAUAUGUUGAAGGAUCCUAAAAUCUGUUUUGUUUAUGGAAAACAAUGUUAAAUAAUGUUUUUUUUUUUUUAGCAUUGUCAGGUAAAUGUGAACAAACUACUCAAACAUCAAUAAAUCUUUGUCAAUACAUUUCUUACGCCUAAAAAAUAAAAAUAGUGAGAUGAUGUCUUAAACAUCAGUGCUCCUGUAGGUCAGUAUCUCAUGUAGACUGCUGCAGACCUGGUUACAAGACUGAACAGCGAUCCUAACUCAGAAGCUCAGAUUAAAUCUGUGAUCAGGUCCAGCUUUUUCACAGCAUAUGUCACAGCAUAUUGUUGAGAUUUUAAUCCAGGCUUCCAUUGCAAUGCCUUUAAAUUACUGCAGUUUCAUUUAUUUUUAGACACACAGUAACCAAGCUUGACUGCACAGCUGGUUCAAAAUGCCUUUUCACUUG